AUGCUGGAAGUGCUGGAUACUGCGGGACAGGAAGAAUACACUGCCUUGAGGGACCAGUGGAUUAGGGAUGGCGAGGGUUUUGUCCUGGUCUAUAGCAUUACGUCACGAUCUUCGUUCACCCGGAUACAAAAAUUUCACCAUCAGAUUCAACUUGUCAAAGAGUCCGCGAGCUCUGGAUCACCAACAGGCGCCAGCUAUCUCGGUUCUCCCAUAACCGCCCCGUCUCCCGGGAUGAAAGUUCCGGUAAUGCUGGUGGGGAAUAAAAGCGACAAGGCUAUCGAACGAGCGGUUUCUUCACAAGAAGGCUCCGCGCUGGCUAAGGAGCUUGGAUGCGAUUUCGUCGAAGCUUCAGCUAAAAACUGCAUUAAUGUUGAGAAAGCAUUUUAUGAUGUAGUUCGCCUGCUCAGGCAGCAACGGCAGCAACAAGGCGUUCGACAACCACUUAACAGAGCGCCUGGUUCUCAACGGGGGGAGAACGGGCCAGACCACCCUACGAGAUUCCGAAACGAUCGGCAAAGAGGACAUGGCCGCGGAAUAAAAUGCCUAAUCCUCUGA